ACCACAUCAGCCGGAAAAGCCGAAACGAGCGGGGAGAAACGAGGCAACGGCCCACCGUCAGAUCACACGCACUCCUCACAGUCACACACACACACAUCGCACAUUCAUGGCACGGGGAGUAACCGGCGACGCCGCAGGAAGUUCCGCCGCCGAGCGGGGGACGGGGGCAGCCGCGCCGCCUCAGUCUGCAACGUGGCAGCGGGUGCGGAGGGCCGGGCAGGGGGCGGCGGCGCACGCGCUGCUGCUCUGCUUCACCACGCUCCUCGCGCUCAAGCUCGACGGCGUCCUCUCGCUCUCCUGGUGGGUGCUUUUCAUCCCUGUAUGGUUGUUCCAUGCUGUUGCUGCUCGAUGCCUAUUCUCGUUACCGGCUCCAUCAUCACCUGAAAGUUGUCAACGGGUUCCAUUCCAUUCCAUCGUCGCAACUCCGUUGCUAGUUGCUUUUGAGCUGCUUCUCUGUGUUUAUCUGGAAGGCCUCAACCACAAUGGUCAUGUGGAACCUUUCAUAGAUUUAAAGCUUGUGUUUCUUCCACUCUUGGCUUUAGAAAUCAUUACACUGGUUGACAACUUCAGGAUGUGUGGUGCUUUAAUGCCUGGACAUGGAGAAACUAUAACCGACGAAGCAAUUUGGGAGAGGCUUCCUUACUUCUGGGUUGCAAUUUCCAUGGUAUUUCUACUAGCAGCCACUUCACUCAUGCUUCUGAAGUUAUGUGGUGAUGCAGUUACUCUGGGGUGGUGGGAUUUAUUAAUUAAUUUUGGGAUUUCCCAGUGCUUUGCUUUUCUAGCAUGCACAAGAUGGUCAAAUCCAAUGGACAUUGGAGGUCCUGUAUUGAUAAUUCCUAUAGUAGUUUUUCAAGUUCUUCUUUGUAUGCGCUUAGAGGGUACUCCAUCUAACGCACGUUUUAUCCCAAUUAGAGCUAUUUUUCUACCCAUAAUUUUGCUACAAGUGGCUGCUGUAUCUUUUGCUGUUUGGAGAUUCUUCAACAGGCUUCUUACUAAACUUAAAGAUGGAACUGUCAGUCAAGCACAUAUUUCUGUGUCCUCCAAAGUUGAUGAGCUAUUUAUGAUGAUACAAUAUGGUUCAAGGCUCCUUCACUGGUGGUCUAUUGAUGAAGAUAGCAAAGAGGAACAGGCUCACUUAUGCUAUGCAAAUAAUAUUGGCUAUAGUACCUUUUGCAGUUAUCCACCAGAGGUGGUAAAAGAGAUGCCAAAGGAAGUUCUUGUCAAAGAGGUACAGAGACUUCAACUAGCCUUGGAAGAGCAAACUGAAAUGGCAAAUCAUAGCCAACAGCAGUGUGAUAGUCUAAGAAAUGAAAGGAUCUUGUGUCGAAUUUGCUUUGAAAGAGACAUAUGCAUUGUUAUGCUUCCCUGCCGCCAUCAUGUUCUCUGCGAGCCCUGCUCUAACAAGUGUCAGUCAUGCCCAAUUUGCCGAUUGACCGUUGAGAGCAGGUUAUCUGUUUAUGAUACAGUGAUAUCAGCCAAUCCAUUAUGUGAUGCAGUUUAAAAGUUCACAUGUCGACAGUAGUUGUAAGGUACCUACUUCUGGUGUUGGCAAAGAUAGCCCACACCUGAUUCCUGGCAGUGAAGGACCGGUUGUGAAAUUCUUGGUAUGAAAUUUGGAAGGAAGCUAGGAAAGUCUCCUAUUGUCAGAUUGCAGCACAAGAAAAACAAAAGCCACGAUGCACAUCCGUCUGCAGUGAUAUGACACAAAGGAAGAUGAAGUAUAUGGAUUCUUGCUCAUAUAUAUGGCCAGUGCGAAUAACCACUUAAAUAACUGAGUUUGUUCUCUAGCCAUAUAUGACAUCUGGCCAGUUUCGAUUAGUUCCCAAGCGAGUUCUGUUUAACAGCUGAUGGGAAACCUUGCAAACAUGUGUAACUGGAGCUUCAGGUUGUUUUAGAUUUUCUUUGGAGUUCAGCAAAGCGGCAAAUUCCCAGUGUUCAACUAUGAUGAAUCCAUGAAUUCACACAACAGUGGCACCACCUUUUCCAGUGGAGUUCUCCACCUGUAAACGGCUUAUAAAGGCAUCUGUACAGAUGCGACAAUAAUGUCUCUAUCAAUUUUAUCUCCAAGAACUAUCACUUUGCAGUACGAGAAUUGGCUCUCAAGUCAACAUUUGUGGCUUGUGCUUUUGUCACAUUGCUAUGAUUUCGCAUAUCUUGCGGUCUGCAAUCCUCUGGUACUCGAUUGGAGAUCUCUGCCUAGCGUGGAAGGCAUCCAAGAUUGUGUGCUGGUGCCAGUAUUUGCCAAGAACUUGCUAGGUGCAUGCUCCACAUUAUUCGCAAGGACUUGUCAUUCCAGUUUUGUCAUCCUUAUCCAUGUUAUAGCUAGCUUCAUGUGUAGGUCACCUUUGUUGAAAUAGUCCAGCUUUUGCUACAUCUAUGUGGUGAUACACAUAUGUAUCCAGAAUGUGAGGACAUUCUGGUGACAAUGCUGAUAAGCACAUGUCUUCAUGGUUAGCUGAGAACCAUGUAUUUGGAGAUACAGUAGGUUAGAAUAAUCCUGUCAUAUUGCACCGAUAUUGAUGUAUCUAGGGUGUCUCAACUAUGUUUCAAAAAGUUUGGUACUGGUUGUUCCUGCUGACUGUAUGUUAAUUAUAACUGGUUAUUUUAUA